GCCAAAUAUCGAUUUAGUUUGAUAGAGGAAAAACGACCCCCGCGUCCAACACACCAGCCCCAAGGCAGAGGGAGAGAAAUAGUAGUAGUAACGACAGUCCUUCAAACAUUACGCAGCGAAAAAGAAAAAAACUCCAAGGUUCUGCUGCAUUCAUAUUAAAAACGACUAAAAGUGUGAAGAGAAGUGUCAAGCGCUGUGUGCUGCGUGAGAAGAGACGAGAUACCUCAGAACGAAACGUGCAGCGCAAACGAAACGAGUGAAAGUGCAAAAAAAAUAGAAAAAAGAAAAGAAUUGAAAAUCUAUACGACUGGCGUUUUGUCACAAUUUCUUCCAGUAUUAUAUCCACAGCCUCAAUCUCAAUCAGUGUCAGCCACAAGCAGCAAGCAGCGGGAGCAGCAGCGUCAGAAUAAACCUAUCCACCCCCAACAUCGACGAAGACGACGUCAACGUCAAGUGCACGCCGCCAACCGCGUCGUUGACAUCAAACCACAGCGAGUAAAACUAGCAGCGCACCAACAGAGGCAGCGCAGCAGCAGAGACAGCUCGAUCAGCAGCAGCAACAAACAACAACAAGGCUUCGCCAUGGCUUUCGCCGGACUGAAGAAACAAAUCAACAAAGCGAAUCAGUAUGUGACGGAGAAAAUGGGCGGUGCGGAGGGCACCAAGCUGGAUUUGGAUUUCAUGGACAUGGAACGUAAGACGGAUGUCACCGUUGAGCUCGUCGAGGAGCUGCAAUUGAAGACGAAGGAGUUCCUGCAGCCAAAUCCAACGGCCAGGGCCAAGAUGGCAGCAGUCAAGGGCAUCUCGAAGCUGUCGGGACAGGCGAAAUCGAAUACGUAUCCACAGCCGGAGGGACUGUUGGCCGAAUGUAUGUUGACGUAUGGUAAGAAGCUCGGCGAGGACAACAGCGUGUUUGCGCAGGCGCUCGUCGAGUUUGGCGAAGCGCUGAAACAAAUGGCCGACGUCAAGUAUUCGCUGGACGACAACAUCAAGCAGAACUUUUUGGAGCCGCUGCAUCAUAUGCAGACCAAAGACCUGAAGGAGGUCAUGCAUCAUCGCAAGAAGCUGCAGGGCCGGCGUCUCGACUUUGAUUGCAAGCGUCGCCGGCAGGCCAAAGAUGAUGAAAUUCGUGGUGCUGAGGAUAAGUUUGCCGAAUCACUGCAAUUGGCACAGGUAGGCAUGUUCAAUCUGUUGGAGAACGACACUGAGCAUGUCUCGCAAUUGGUCACUUUUGCUGAAGCACUAUACGAUUUUCACUCUCAAUGCGCCGAUGUGCUGCGUGGUCUGCAGGAGACGCUGCAAGAGAAGCGCGCCGAGGCAGAGAGCCGGCCACGCAAUGAGUUUGUGCCCAAGACGCUGCUCGAUCUGAACUUGGACGGCGGUGGCGGCGGCCUCAAUGAUGACGGCACGCCGUCCCACAUUAGCUCGAGCGCCUCGCCGUUGCCCUCGCCGAUGCGCUCGCCAGCCAAAUCCAUGGCCGUCACACCGCAGCGCCAGCAACAGCCAUGCUGUCAAGCAUUGUACGACUUUGAGCCCGAGAAUCCCGGUGAAUUGGGCUUCAAAGAGAACGACAUCAUCACGCUACUCAAUCGUGUCGAUGACAAUUGGUAUGAGGGUGCUGUCAAUGGACGCACCGGCUAUUUCCCGCAGUCCUAUGUGCAGGUGCAGGUUCCACUGCCCAACUAAACUAAACAGAAACUGAAACUGAAACUAAACGACAGUAAACAGUAAAGAUGCCAUGCAGUAGAUGGAUUUAGAAUUAAAAACUGAAUGUUUUUUUGGUUUCGUCGUCCAGCAGUCGGCGACCAAGUUUGGCAGUAAAACAAAACAAAGCAAAACAAAAAGAAAGAGAGAAAAAAAGAGCAAAACAGCAGCAGCAGCACAUGCAUUGCAUACAAUAUUAUGUAGUAGUUGAUUAUAAUGCGGUUAGAAGUUACGGUUACGGCUUAGCUAGCUACAGCACACAGCACACAUUCAUUCGUGGCCAUAAA